AGCACGAGGUUAAGAGGCCGACAUGCCCCGAAAGAUGAUAUCGGAUCUUAUCAGACGGCGAUAUUAACAUAUCAUAUUGAUUGGCGAAGAUCACUGGAUCCAAUUACCUAAAUAUUUUCCGGAGUUACCCCAACAAGAGCCAUGCCCUGAUGGAUAUGCGCUGAUCCCACCCUUCUCUCCCCCUAAAUCAACUAUGCAGUUGGAGUAUGUCUCUCGCAUCACGAUCCUCGCAUGCUUCAAAGACAGAUGCCAAGACGAAUUGGAGUUUCUCCAAGACCUUGGUGCCUGGAUUGGCUCCAUUGAUAUGCGAUUCUCAUUACGUGAAAUGCCUCAUCUAUGGGAAACCACUUUCGCUGUGAUCUUCUUACUGCGCCACUUAUCUGGCGUAGACAACCAUGUAUCGAAUGCGUGGGUUUCUCCACGAUAAGGCAACUAUCACCAAUAAUUCUUUCUUGGUAGACGACGGGGAAUAAAUCGGCCAACGCGUGUGAAAGGGCCGGACUUGGACGCACUAUAUAACUGACAGGUCUUCCAAAAAUGUUGGUUCUGUUCUCCAGAGCAAGCUCAACUUUCAAUUCCCUCUUCAAAGCUCUGAGCAACCAAGCAGCAGGAUGGGUCUCACUUUCAAAGCUCUUGCCGUGUCGGCCUUGGCUGCUAUCAGCCAUGCUUCGCCUCUCCUGUAUCCUCGAGCCACGGACUCGAACAUCACCUAUGUGUUCACCAACCCCAAUGGUCUGAAUUUCACGCAGAUGAACACCACCCUGCCAAACGUCACCAUCUUCGCGACAGGCGGCACAAUCGCCGGCUCCAGCGCCGACAACACCGCAACAACGGGCUACAAAGCCGGCGCUGUCGGGAUCCAAACGCUGAUCGAUGCAGUCCCGGAAAUGCUGAAUGUCGCUAACGUUGCCGGCGUGCAAGUAACCAACGUCGGCAGCCCAGACAUCACUUCCGACAUUCUCCUGCGCCUCUCCAAACAGAUCAACGAGGUCGUCUGUAAUGACCCCACCAUGGCCGGUGCAGUCGUCACCCACGGCACUGACACGCUCGAAGAAUCUGCCUUCUUCCUCGACGCCACGGUCAAUUGCCGCAAGCCCGUGGUUAUCGUCGGUGCCAUGCGUCCGUCAACCGCCAUCUCCGCCGAUGGCCCCCUCAACCUCCUGCAAUCCGUCACCGUUGCCACAAGCCCCCAGGCUCGAGACCGUGGCGCCCUGAUCGUCAUGAACGACCGCAUCGUCUCGGCUUUCUACGCCUCCAAGACGAACGCUAACACCGUCGAUACCUUCAAGGCCAUCGAAAUGGGUAACCUGGGCGAAGUCGUCUCCAACAAACCCUACUUCUUCUACCCUCCGGUCCAGCCAACAGGCAAAACAGAGGUAGAUAUCCGGAACAUCACCUCCAUCCCUCGAGUCGACAUCCUCUACUCAUACGAAGACAUGCACAACGACACCCUCUACUCCGCCAUCCAAAACGGCGCAAAGGGCAUCGUCAUCGCCGGCUCCGGCUCCGGCUCCGUCUCCACCCCCUUCAGCGCCGCCAUCGAAGAUAUCACCACCGAACACAACAUCCCCAUCGUAGCCAGUACGCGCACCGGAAACGGGGAGGUGCCGUCCUCUGACGAGUCGAGCCAGAUCGCAAGCGGGUAUUUGAACCCUGCGAAGGCGCGCGUUCUGCUUGGUUUGUUGCUCGCGGAGGGGAAGGGCGUCGAGGAGAUGAGAACGGUUUUUGAGCGGAUUGGAGUUGCUUGAAAUUUUUUUUUUUUUUUUUCUUCUACUGAUUGAGUUUGCUUGGUUGGUUUGGGCUCUGGGGUUGAGGGCUGUGUAUUAUAUAGAGAUUUGAUGGUUAUUUUUUCCCCUGGGAGGGGGGUUGUAUAUAGAUUAUAGAGUUAUGGAUGGGAUAGAUUAUAGAUUUUAUAGAGAUUUUGUUGAUUUGGGGUUUGGGUGUGG